AAUAGGCACAGGUUUUCCUGAAGGCUGUCAAGCACUUUAUAAAAGCCCAAGUGCGAAGUCAAUUUCGACAGUGAAUUUAACCGACUUCUCAGCAGCAAUACCAAGAUGUCGAAAGCUACUAUUAUUUUUGCUAUAGUUUGCCUUUGCGUGGCUGUUCAGGCUCAAUCUACUGUAAGGCCACGUGAUCCUGAGAUUUGCCAAACUGAGAACGCCAAGUGUCUACGAAAUGAACGGAGAUUGGGAAGGGAAAGUGACAUCUCAAACAUCUUCAAUAAUCACUGCCGUGGAGCUGAUAGAUCCUGGCGCAAUAUCUCUCGUUGCGAGUUAUCUAUGGCCACUUGCCGCUUGACCCUCGAAAAUUGUAGCCUCAUUAACUGCCACAAUGUGAAAAGAACCCUUGGGGGUGGUGGAGUCACCGGCCGUCCUCCAACCCCUUCUUCGAGAACUACGACCCGCAGGACCCCAACACCUAGGACACCAUCUCCUGCAACUAGGACUCCUUCUCCUCGUACUACUACCACUCGUAGGUCAGGACCUAGGACACCCUCUCCUCGUACUACAACCACUCGUAGGACCCCAGGACCUAGGCCUCCCACUCCUCGUACUACUACCACUCGUAGGUCAGGACCUAGGACUCCUUCUCCUCGUCGUACUACAACUCGUCGCCCUUUGGAAGACUAAAACCCUUCAGAACUGAACGGCACUAAAAAAAAGUUAACUAACAUCUGUAUUAUUAAAAACCAAUAAACAUUUCAAUGCUCUCUAAAGUA